CUCAUGGCUGCCAGACGUAUAGAUCAUUCAGUACAAUGUCCUUGGGGUGUUUAUAAAAAAACAGUCUUAAAUUCUUCAGUGUGGAAGAAUAAUCUUGGAGUUAUCUUAUUCCCUUCGACUGGUGUGGAAACGUAUCUUGAUUUGCCAUGUCAGCAGUCUUUGCAAGUACAACAUUCCAGAGAAUAACUGGAAAGCUCUGGAAGGUUGGCUCUGCCUCAGUUUCUUCUAAUAUUUGUCUGUCGAGAUGCAAGAGCACAGGCAACAUCAAGUGGCUGUGGAGAGCCAGUGAUGGGAUCAAGGAGGUACACAGAGCCAAUGAUAAGGGUUAUGGAGUUGGGGGCUACGGUGUGACUUUUAACAGCACCAAACCGCUGAGUCAGGACUUAUUCAGAGAGGCUGUGGAACACCUUCACAGGAAGAUUCCAUGGCUUGGUGUUUGCCUCCAGCCCUACAAAGGAGAGCUGUGGUAUUGUCAGCCACUGAACUUGGAGUUAAAUUUCAAGGUUCUGGAAGAUGGAGAUGUGGCUAAUGUUUUGAGUCAGGCGACAAAAGAUGGUUUUAAAGAUCCUGGAAAUACACAAGGAACUUUCACGGUUAUUUGUCGCAAGCCCAGUGCCCCCUGCCUCAUUCCAGAGGUCAAGAAGCACUUUCCUCACCAAUAUGAUUUUGUCAUCUCGGAGCACAUGGGAGUAUGCGAUGGCAUGAGUUUAUCGUACAUCAUAAAAUGGAUGGCUGUGAUACUGGACGACUUAGCUGCUGGAAGAACUGUCAGCGAUGAGGAGGUUGUUCCCAUCACCAACAACGAUGAAGUUUCUGUGCUGCUCACCCAGAUUAAGGACAGUCUGGUACAUGACAAGCACCUCACUGAAGCCAUUUUGAGAACUCGACCCAAGCCUGAUCAAGUCCCACUUUUCUUCCAGGUGUUUCCAAGGCCGACUAAAGCAGGACAAUGUACCAAGAACAUACGGAGAGUGAUGGAAUCCAAAUUUCUUGACCCGCUUCUUCAGAGGUGUAAGAUGGAAAAAGUGACAGUCAAUAGUGCCCUGAUGGCUGCUCUGAACAUAGCCAUUGUUAACCUCGUGGAGGAGAAAGGAUUUGCUAAAGAUGUCUGUGAGGUAUCUUGCAACCUGUACACAGACUACCGUCGGUACAUGAGACCAACUGAGACAUUUCACCUGGGGCCUUUCAGAUCUUCCAUGUCCUACAUCUCCGCAGUAGAUGAUUCUUGCAGAAAGAACUUCUGGGACUAUUCCAGAAGAGUUGACGGAGGCGUGCGCUCCGCCCUGAACAAUAAGUUGACGAUGAAGCAAUAUGUUGCGCGAGAAAUGGUCGAAAAUGCUGAUAAAAUCUGUUAUGACUACGUCACUACGGUCAGACCAGCACUCCAUGAUUACAGUCUGACAAAUCUUGGGGACUUUACCCCACUACUCCAUAACAAUGGAGACCAUGUUCAGAUAACGGCCGUGGAUGCGAUUGCAUGUAUACAUAAUUCCCUCAACAGCAGUUUACAUGCUGUAGUGACUUUUCGAGGGAGAAUGACUUAUAAUGUAUUUUAUGCCACUGACUACUUCACAGAGACGACAGUGAAUGCGCUGCUGGACGAACUGUUUUCAGUUCUACAGAAGUCUAUUUUCAGUAAGGGUUGAUGAUGUUUGAAUGUUUGAUUUCUGAGGUGAAAAUUACAGGUUUCCUUCCUGUACUGCCAAAAAGAUUUGGGAAUCCCUUUUCUAUUUCCUUUUCCCCUGAUUGACUGUACCUUCCAUUCUUCAAGAAGCACCUCAUUCUGUUCUGUAUGCUCUGAAUCCUAUGUUUUGUCGAUGAUCUUGGAUAUGCUGUUGAUCCGCUGUCUUUUACAGUAAAAGAUGGUUCUGCAUUAAAAAUGUUACUAUUUCAAUCUAAA